GGCAGCCAGACGUGGUUCAGCCUCUGAGGAAAUUUCAGGUCGGAAUCGAACUAGUGGAUUCUUGGAUACCAUAGCUGUAAUUGGCUCAUACUGAACACUGACCUUUAGUGCUGUGAGUUCAAGUUAGUCGAAUUGGAGCUUCGCAUGGUUAGAAGAAUAACGUUACAGAUCUGAUCCGCUGGGAAGUGUGAAGAAAUUUGCAUACAAUCUGAGUGGAAGCUUGCUCCUCCGGGUAGCAUGGCUUGAAUUCAGUUAAACUGGAGGAGGAACAAGUAGUUGGAUAAGAAGCGGAAAACGAUGCUGGUGAAGAAUAAACUAUGAAGCGCUGCGCCUGCAACUGACACAUGAUGCUGGAGCAUAAUACAUGUUACAUGUGUAUAGUGAAGAAUGGAAACAAUUGCCACUAGGAGAGUUUGUUUUUUUCUUAUGAUUUAUUAUCCUCGAUACCGUGCGGAAUGCUGCGAGUGUCGUUAAAGGGAAGAUAGUGUGGUGGAUCAGAUGUGAAUACUUACUACAUAUUUGCAAAACGGGAAUCGUUGAUGACAAAUUUCUGCGAGUCCGCUGCCCGGGUGAUUGCGAAACCGGACCUUAGGAUAAUGUGAAAACGGGGUGGAUGAAUAUGUAAAUACAUUUGAGCCUGGGAGCAUUUGUUCGGGUGGUGAGCCAGUUGUGGUGGGCGGUGUUCAUAGGUGUGAGAUUUCGCUUCCCAUUGAAGUCUCUGUGGAAUCCCUUCGCACAUAUUUUGCUGGAUUGGUGAAGCGCCAUAUCUCAUCGUGGACCGUAGAGAAGUGAUCGUUCGUUCGUCAGUGUUGCUGUUUCCGGUAAAGUGCGGUACAUUUCGGUGCAGCAAAAAAUGCUAAAUUUGUGUCCAGUUCAUCUUUCCAUGCAAAUGGCAUAAGAGGAAUGUAUUCUGUAUCAAUUUGACUUGUAUUUUCGACGGACCAUCUAUUGGUGUAUAGUAAACAAGUUUGUGAACGUACUGAAUGUGAAGAAUUAAUAAUUUCUGAAAUCAACGUUCCAAUUGGUGAUUGAUCAUGUUAAAUUCUUAAACUUUAACGUAUUGAUAACGAUACCGUAUUGAUAAGCAGCCCAUUCGGAUCACGUUUCCUAUCAUCUUUACUGGCGAUUGAUUACGCAGUGAUGUGGAGAACAUCUUGACGAAGACUGAUUCCAGAAUCCCAGCAACUAAACUGAUUUCAAAAGGCAUGAGCGUAAAUCAUGCUAACAAGCCAGUGCUCUCAUUCGAAUAUUCUAUUCUUGGCAACUAAUCCCGCUUUAUAAAGUUAAACCACCCACGCUCAAUACACCACAAAUCAAUACAUAGGCAAGGAAAUCAUCAAUCAUCAAUAAUUCCAGCUGGAUUAUCGGCACUGAGCCGGUUGUUGCCUAGUGGGGCAUACACUCGCACAUCAUUCCUUUUUUUUCGGUGCGAUGAGUCGAACGUCAAUAUUAUGGAUCAUAUUCCGAGGAUAACCAUUGAAUGCGAGAACCUGCCUCGAGAUGAAUAAAGCUCCUCGAUCCUCGGAUUUAUUGUUGUUGGGCAAUUAAACACAGACGAGUGCUGAGAAGGCUACGAGAGGGGGGAGAGGGCAACGCUUGAGAUGUACAAUUUACUGAUGUUUAUCCGCGGUAGAAAUAAGAAACGCUGUGUCGAAAGCAGACGGAUGUUAGGACAAAUUGAAGAGUUAACGAUGCAAUUGCAUGGACGGAAGCGCUUGCUGAUAGGGUGGCUGUGAGGAGCCGUUAGGUGGCGGGAUUGAGGAUUGUGGUUCUCCUGCCGGAAAACUGAAGCUGCCCAUCUGGGCAAGCAGUCAGCAGUCAGGGCGAAAGUUUAAGCUGAGAGACAGAACGACAGUGAAAGCACGUGGGAGUGUUUGGAGGGGGAAAACAUGUUAUGCCAUUACCACCUGCUCGUAUGUUUGUCCUGCUUUGUGACCAAUUGUUGGAGUUCUACUUCGGAGUACCUUAUUAUUCGUCAUGGCCGGUCACGGGUGCGCCAUUCGAGCGAGAAGGAUCACAUCCGCUGGGGUCUGCAAGUUUUCGAUAAUUUUACGCUUUUGGAUUACGACACAAUGGACGACUCAAAUGAAACGAGCUCCGUGGGUGGCGGCAAUUUCAAUGGCGGAAUAAAAAUUCAAAGCACGGCGGGAGUGGGAAAGAUGGACGAUCAAUUUACUGGCAAUGGUAACAGCUCUAACACUCUCACAAUUGAAUUUAACGAAUCUGAACAACUGGAUCGGAUGAUUGAUAUUAGUGAUUUCGAUAGUAUCUCCGUUGAGGUUGAAAAUAGUAAACGAAGGUCGGGGAUUUCCAUCAAUAAUUGGAAAAAUAAUCGAACUUUAAACAAUCCAUUAUUUAUGGAAUCAAUCCAAUCUUCAGCACAAGUGACACCUUCAGCAACGAUGAAUAAAAAGGUACAACAAAAGAGGAAGCUUAUUAAGAAAGAUAUAAUGGAAAACAUCAGAAAGACAGUCGAUAAAGGGUUGGAAUAUCUUAAAUCUCACAAAAACUUAGACCAAAUAAAGAUUGAGCUGAAGCCCUUCCAUGGGAUUGAACAAAAGAGGAAGAUCGAGGGUGGAAAGAAUCCCUCAGCAAAUAUCGACGCCUUCUCAACAAACGAAAAUGACGAUGAAGUUUUUUUGGACGGAGAUAAAAGGAUAAACGAUGUGAUACAUUCGAAAGGCACCCGAAAUGGUUAUCCACAGAUGUCAUCAUCUUCUCCGAUGGGCGAUGCUACUUUCGAAGUUCAGAGUAAAAGUACCAGCAGUAAAUUGAAAUCAAUGGCAUAUAUUGAAAACGAACAACGAAAAAAUGUCGAAAUAAGUAAGGCCGAAAACUUUUUCGUUGUGAGCAUAGGCAGGAAGCAGAUAUCCAGUGUGACUGCGGAAACACAGGAUACAAACGACUAUCCAAAUGAUUUUCCAUUGGAUAAUUCCGCUUCGCCUGGAGUCACUUUAGUUGCAAACGAGGAAAAGGCUCAACCAGUUGGAAGCGAAACGAAUAGUGGAAACAAUAUUGGGCGAAAAUCAAUUUAUGACCUGCGAAAACAAACGCUCGAAUUGAAUUCUCCGAUGACUUUCCAGAACGAUGAAGGGGCAGGAGAAAGUGACGAAGUGAUAAAUAUCCUGAACGAUACGCCGACAAUGAGUUUCGAAGCGAACGAUGCGGACAUUUCGUCCACAAUGAUUCUUAACAGCGACCAGCCCCCGGAUAGUCCCCCCAUGUGGGUGUCGGAUGCUAAGGACUCGGAGGAUGGCGGGGAUAACUAUGGCGGAACGGAAACGGAUGAAAUUUUCCGCAUGGAGGAUAUAGACUUGAGCGAGCUGGACGAAACCAGUCGGAAUAACAGGCGGAAUUUAAUGAAAGGACGCGAUGUGGUGACGCAGUUUCUGCAGAUUGUUGAAAGUCAACACUUGUUGGGAGCUAACUGCACGGCGGGAACUGCUCUCAAUCUUGGGGAAGGCGUCGUGGAUCGCUAUGCACAGGAUCGCUUUCGGGUUGAAGCGGAAAUUGCCGUCAAUAGAGCCAACAUGUUGACAAGAAUUUUCAAGUUUUCCGAUCUUGAAGUACAGGCGUCGGAGUAUCUGUUGCACGCAUCUGUUUUGUCAAUGGUGGAAUUUGACGACGAUAUCUUCGCCGCCGGAAAUUGUUUCGACUGGAAUCAACACCCGGCGAAGAAGGGUUUAUUUUGUCCGUUCGCUUACCGCCUGCCAGCGCCCGACCAGGGCGCAUCGCUGGCCAAGGAUCUGGCCGCCGAGUAUCAUUAUUUGGGCAACACGUCGGAGUGGUUUUUCCUUGCUCGGAAGAACGCCGAGAAAGUCAUCGCACGGAAUGAGCAGUACAUAAAGUCUUUCCACAUCUAUGCGAACGAUACGAUACGACAGGCGGAAGAGAUUCUGUCCGUGAAAUACGAGGAUGGCCGCUGGUCUAAGCCAUACUACGACUGCGGUGGAGGCAACAUUUGGAUGCUGACAUACACGGUACCUUUUUUCGGAUACGAGAACGGGACGUACUUCUUCAAGGGUACAUCCGGCAUUGAUAUUGAUUUACGGCGCGUGGAUAUCGAUCAAUGCCCACAAAAAAGUUUGCCAUCUGGGGCUCUGCAGCCGCUGAAUAUUUUUGCCGGAACGGACAAAUGCAAGCAACGGACAACAGAGUGUAUUCCAAUCCCCGGAUUAGGUUUCCGUCGUGGCUCGUACCGGUGCGUGUGUCGGAAAGGCUUCUAUUUUCCUGACACAAGCAUCGAGCAGAAAUGGUUCAACGGGACCACUCUCGAGGAGGAGUAUGAAAAAUUGAUGCUGAGCGAAUACAGCAGCUACAAUGAUCCCUCAUCGUACGAGUGUUUGCCCUGUGCGGAAGGAUGCGAUUUCUGCGUGGACGCAUCGCCAUGUGUUGCGGCUCUCAACUGGGCAAUGCGCACCGGAAUUCUCGUUCUGGCCUGUACGGUUAUCGGAUUGCUGCCCCCAGCCGCAGUGUUUACCUUUCGCUAUCAACAAGUCAAGGUCGUCCGAGCCGCCAGUCCCGCUUUACUCCGAGUUAUUGCACUCGGAGCAUUUUGUAUUUAUUGUACGUCCAUCGUGAUGUAUCCUCCCCCCUCACUGUAUACCUGCACAGCGCGUGUUUGGCUUCGUGAAAUCGGAUUCUCGCUGACGUACGGUGCACUGAUGCUGAAAACGUGGAGGAUAUCAGUCAUCUUCCGCGUCCGUUCGGCGAAAGCGGUGAAAAUCACCGAUGCAUAUUUGCUGAAGCGACUCGGGCUGCUGUGUGGUUUCGUGGCUAUCGCCCUUUUAGUGCGAACGCUGGUUGCGCCGCCCAUCGUGAUCGUCGGUCGCACUGCCGAUAACCUCAAAGCGUUCCUCUGCAAGACCGACUGGUGGGACCACACAUUUACAUCGAUGGAAGUGCUGUUCCUGGCGUGGGGCGUUCGUCUAUGCAUCAUGGUGCGGAAGGCACCGUCUGAGUUCAACGAAAGUCGAUUUAUUUCGAUGGCAAUCUACAACGAAUUUCUUCUGACGUGCUUUCUCAAUGUGUCGAUGUUGUUUCUGCAGUCACCCGCUAAUCCUGAUUUAUUGUACAUAAUAUUUUUCUGCCACACACAGCUCACUGUCACCCUUUUGCUGGGAUUGAUAUUUGGUAGCAAGGUCUAUCUAGUGUUCCGGGGAGGCGGAAAGCAUCAAGAUGACUCAACCGGUCUGGGCAUCAAGCCAUCUGGUGCAAAAUUCAUAAGCCGCACUCACGCGCGAACCUUUGCUAAUGCUAGCAGCGUGACUACAUCCACCGCCCAGCUGGGAGGAAACGCGGCUAACGAGAGUCGCCUAACAGAGGAGGAAGCCAUCGAGGAGAUAAAGCAAUUGUUCAGCCAACUGCAACGCUUGCAUGACAGAAUGCCUCAGCGAGGGAUGGCCAUCACUACGGUUACCUGUUUGAUAGAUACGUGCAGGAGCUCUACGCUGAAACCACCUCCCCUGCUAGCAGGUUCUAAGGCUAUAUCGAUCCCAUCGGACAGGAACUUAGCCAAUGUAGACAAAAGCACAAACACAAACACUCUUCCCAACGGGAAUUAUGGUAGUGACGGGUGGAUGCCAACAGGUAUGAACCAUUCAAACACGCGGAUCACGAUCACCGAAGAUUCGGAUCAUAACGAUCGUUCGAUAGACAAUAGCAACUUCAAUCUGGACUAUCUCCAGUUAAAGUGUAUGUGUAGCGAGGAGGGGGUAGAUUACGAAGAACCAAAAUGUAAAUCCCACAGUGGAGAUGGAAAACAUUCCUUCAAUAAUACUGUUAAUAGAUGUAAGCAUACUAAUUGCUGUGAUAUUGAAACAAAAAGUUCCCGAGCGGUUCUAACUAAACGAAACUCGGAACUGACGCUGAACCGCAGCAGUUGUGGAAUGGAGAGCGGUCGAAACGAUUCUGUCGAUCAUUUGGCCAACACAUGUAGCAGUAAGAUUAGCGAAAUGAGUGCAAAAAACUUCGAAUCUUGUGAUAAUCUGUUGCAUCAACAGCAGAGACAAAAACAGAAACAUAAUUCAUUCGGCGAUAGCAUAGAUACUCAAUACAAUCAAACAAAUCCUAGUGGUAGCGGUAUGGUGACAACGUCCUCCUCGUUAAGUGUGGACGAAAAAAACUUUAGGAAUCUCAACCUAGAAAACUUUAAUAAAUUGUAUGCAAGUCAUAACAACAAGAUAGAUAGUUUGAAAGAAAAUUUCCUGCUACGAACAGCGCUCACAACCGCACUGCACAACUUGGAAAACGAGAACCGUUCGAGAAACCAACGGGUGAAUGCCGGGUUUCUGCAAUACUCGUCCUCCGCCGAACAGCAGCGAGGGACAUCCGAAUGUGAGGUCAACUUUUCCAUCACCACCAAAAACAACGCUCAACAAACAAAAUCAACCACUUUAACGCCAACUUCAUCCUGCACGUUAUCGGGAACUUCGAAUGCCACUUCGACGGUCUCACCGGGAGUGGCCACAUCCGUUCCAGUUAUAGGGAACAGCAGUAGCAGUUUAGAUAUUGCUAUGAUCACAACUACUGCGCUGGAAGCCAGUGCAGGUGGCUCGGCAGCUUCUUCGGGAGGUCAACAGACGCAGACGAAAAAGAAAAAAUCUCCAGAGAAACGGUUGGUUAUCGAUUUGAACGACAGAUCCAAAUACACCGAGGAGGUGUCCGUUUGAGAUUACGAGAAACGAUAGGUUAUGUAUUUACAAUUUAUUGGGAGUCCAAAAUCACAAACACAUCUUAGUAGUGAAUUAAAUUGAAUGACAAAAUUAAAACAGUUUUAGAUUUUUUCCAUAUAUUCACAGACAAAGUUUUAUUGUGGAAAGGAUAUUUUAUACAAGAAAAGGUACAAUCAAGAAAGUAAAAACAUACUAUAAAAAAACUGAAUUAUUAAAUGUUUCGUCGUGGUUGAAAUGCUGCAAUCAGUAGAUGAAUGAUUUACCGAUACAUUCAUCUGUAACACAAAUACCCCACAAUUGAAGCCUGUACAAUCCCUAAUCUAAGGCGGUCUUUUAGGAACGAAAGCACGCCCAAUUGAAUCCAAUCACAACAGAUUAUGAUUACAUUCACAUUAAAAUAGUCCCAGCCUGAUUCCGAAUUGUAUUCCGACGAUGUGUAUUCCGGUUCGAACGAUCACUUUAGCCUUACGUUUGGCUACGAAUGGUGUCGCCGCUUCGGUUUGCAAAUAUCAUAACAUUACCAUAAAAUCCAUGUUUUGUUCCAAACGACUUGGGCGGCCGGAGGUCGAAUCAAAGGAAAUGGAAAUCGAUUCCACGGGAAUCGUAAAACGAAACAAAAUUGCUUCUUCUCUCUAGCGAAACUUAACGCAAUGUUCGCCUGUGACCCCUGCCACCAUCAUCCGCCGCCACCAGCAAUCCGGAAUGUGUCGCCAGCCUCUCACAGGUAUAGACACGCACCGCGGAGAUGGUGGCCACUUGUUGUCGGCAGGACUUGUUGUGGGAAAAUUGCCGCAAAUGUAGCAGACGACAGCACUUCACCUGCUGGAUUACGUUGCUAUUUUUAUACACCUUUUUGGUUGCUCUCGCCAUUGCCAUCAUCAUCGUUAUCGUUAUUCCAAGUCAUGAUUUGUCUGGAUGAGACUUAUUUAUUCGC